CUUGUGAGGAUGUCCGUACUCAAUCGGUGUCGGUGUUGGGGUGGAAAAUUAAAUGUUAACUGAACAAGUGGAAUAGAAUUGUGAAAGUUCCGGCUGGAAGACAUACACUUGGAUAAGGACUAGCCAGACAAAUGUUUAAUUCUGUGCUGAUUGCUUAAUAAAGACAAAGUAUGUUACAAAAGUUGAAAGCAGGAGGCCAAACGACAGUUUAUGGAAUGUGUGACGUGGAGGAAAGUUACGUCAUGACGCACCAGGCUGUUGAGUUCACUCAUGUAAUUGCAGGCUUGUUUGGUAACCAAUUACAUUUCACUUUGCACACAUAAAUGUGAGUCUUGUAUCACAUGAUAAAAUGUGUAUUUAUCUAAGCCAACAUUUUAGUGUAAAUGUCCUUAGGGCAUGUUCUAGUUUUUUAUGGAGAAAUGCAAUUGUAAAGUAUGGAUAUCAAUUCAAAAUUUUUUUUACUCCAUUUUUCUGUGAUAACGGGAUCAUUUUCUCCUGAUCUCAAGUAGGGUUGGGCCGAUAGAAAAGAUAAAAAAAAAAAAGUGGCAGACAUCACAAUGUUGAGCUGCCAUCGUGAUUGUAAACAACCACCCCAGCAAAAAAAUAAAUCUCAAAUUUUCACAUUAUACGUCCCUGUGAAACCAGGUUUAAAUCACCAUGAACAUUCUUAUAAUACUUUUUAAGUAUGCUUCACACCUGCCUUGGAAUUCUCUUCUCCCCACACUCAUGAGAUGAUUAUCCCAUUAUCACGGAAAACAGAGUAAAAAAAGAUUUGAAUGGAUGGCCGCUUAGGGCUUCCGUAGUAAAGUAAGUCAGAUUUAUACAAAAUACUUUUCCUUAUUGCACCAGGAAUUUGUUGCUAAAUACAUUAAUAAGCCUCAAUAAAAUGUUCAAUACAAUGGGCUCUUGUUAACUGUCAAAAUCUCUGCGGUAUGAGCUAACUAGUCUCAAUAUACUGUAUGUUGCAAAUACAGAUGUCCAGUUACAAAGUAUACUGCAUAUAGUGUUUAAUCUUUAAACUGAUAGAGUAGGUCAGUGAACUGAAUGUGGCAAUAAGAUUAUACACAUGUUUUUGAGUGUGCACAAAGCUGUCGGACAUGUGGGAUUCUUGUAAAUUUGUUUUAACACUCUUAAAACAUAAAGUACUUAUUAUGCCUGUGUAUCCUGGGAACCAGCCGGUUCUACAAAAAGGAAUGGGCAAGAUUUCUUCUCAUAUACUUAAUUGUACCCGAUUAUAACUUGAAAGUAGAUGAUGUACUGUGAGAAGUUGAAAUAUACAUGUCCAAGCUCACAUUGUGUACAGAAAACUAUCUGUAUUCUGUAAUUGCCACAUUUUUCUUUUCUUUAACACACGCAUGCACAAACCCAGUGGUUAGGGAUUGGGGGAUUACCAAUUGCUGACUUGUCUUAGGGGAUAAACUAUGGGGAUAAAGCCUCUGUGUGACCAGCCUCUCUGAGUUAAUACAGAAGAAUAACCAGAAAGGGAAAGGGAAGAGGACGGCUAACUUGCGGAGAUCCAUCACUUCUAAGAUAAAAGCAAGCAACAAGUCUUCCAAGUGACCAAAAACCCACUUCUAAUCAAGGAAGCAGCAUGGAUAUGCAGUUUAUUUACGACCUUUUAGGGGAAAAUGCUUGGUUGUACAUCAUUUCUACCUUUGUGGUGAUGUGGAUUAUCGUGUGGCUGUACAGAGACAGCCUGGAGAUAGGGGACAUCCCUGACAAGUAUGUCUUUGUGACCGGCUGUGACUCAGGUUUUGGAAACCUGCUGUGUAGGAAGCUCGAUCGUAAAGGUUUCCAUGUGCUGGCUGGCUGUCUCACAGAAAAGGGAGCUGAUGACCUGAAAAGGGUGGCUGGGCCUCAUUUGAAGACUGUCCUGCUCGAUGUGACCAAUCUGGACAGCAUCCAGAAAGCCAUGGAGUGGACAAAGAAGGAAGUUGGUGAUAAGGGACUUUGGGGAAUUGUGAACAACGCUGGACGCUCAUUACCCAUGGGUCCUUCAGAGUGGAUGAAAGUGGAGGAUUUCCACAGCACACUGAAAGUCAACAUGAAUGGGGUGAUUGCCAUGACGAUGACUUUCCUGCCCCUCAUCAAAAUGGCUCGCGGCCGUAUUGUGAACGUAGCAUCAGUGCUGGGCAGGGUGGCAGCAAACGGUGGUGGAUACUGCAUCUCCAAGUUUGCAGUGGAGUCCUUCUCUGACUGCCUCAGGAGAGAUAUAAACUACUUUGGCAUCAAUGUGUGCAUCAUUGAGCCGGGGUUUUUCAAGACUGCAGUGACGAGCCUCGAGCCCCUCGAGAGGGAGCUGCAUCGCCUGUGGAACCAACUCAGCCCUGAAGUAAAAGCCAGCUAUGGAGACAAGUAUCUUGAUAAGUACAUCAAGAUCCAGCGUUUGAUCAUGAAUGCGGUCUGUGACACUGACCUCUCCAAGGUGACCAACUGCAUGGAGCACGCUCUGACUGCUGCCCACCCGCGAACCAGAUACAGCGCCGGCUGGGAUGCCAAGCUUCUCUGGAUCCCCCUCUCUUACAUGCCUUCCUGUGUAGUUGACAUUGGGCUGAAGCUGGUGCUGCCUCGCCCCUCAAAGAGUGUGUAACUCAUGGUGACGCUGAAGACAUGUCUUCAAAGUUAUUAGCCUUUUUAUGUCAUUCCGUGUCAUUUUGAAGCAGCAAGGAGGUUGAAAUGAAUGCUUUGCCUUUCAAAAUACCCAUAUUCCUUAUCUACGUUGUCCAUGCAAUGAUCUGAUGUUGCAAUUCUUAAAAUAUGUAUAUGCGCACAAUCUCCCAUGUAAAAGUAUUUUUUUCUUAUCUAAUGUCUUCUUGAGAUAUUUAGACAAUAUGAAAGAAAACAAUGAAACUGUACUGUGUAAUCUACUGUUUAAUUAUUGUAUCUUUUGACACUGUUAUUUAUGGUCCUUGAUUGAAGUUCCUCAGAAUGCAAUGAUCUUAUUGUGGACACAAAUAAAAUAAAUGGC